UACCCCCAUAGUCCAAAUUUUUGAGUCAAUAAAAGGGGAUUUUUCUGAGUGAACUUUCUUUGUGACACUAAAGCUUUUUUUUUGUUUAGGGUACGUUUGUUUUCUUGCUCGUUAGCGUUUUACAUAUGAUAUAAGAUAUAAAUUAAAGUAUAUUUCGCGCUCAUUCAACACCACUAUAUGGAUGUUGCAAAUGAUAACCCAAGCAAUGAUGUUGUUGACAUUCUCUCAACUCCUCGAUUGAGUCGAUAUGAGAGUCAGAAACGUCGUGAUUGGAACACGUUUUGUCAAUAUAUAAGAAAUCAUCAUCCUUUAAUGUCACUUCUUCAAUGCAGCAGCAUUCAUGUUCUGGAGUUUCUAAGGUACUUGGACCAAUUCGGCAAGACUAAAGUCCAUAAUUCAAAUUGUCCAUUUUUCGGGAUGAUAAAUCCUCCGGCACCCUGUGCUUGCCCUUUAAGGCAAGCAUGGGGAAGCCUGGACGCCCUUAUAGGGCGUCUUCGUGCUGCUUAUGAAGAACAUGGAGGAAAUUCGGAAAUGAACCCGUUUGGGGCUCGAUCAAUUAAGCUAUUUUUACGUGAUGUUCGUAAUUUUCAGUCCAAGUCUAGAGGAAUUAGCUAUGACAAAAAAAGGAAAAGAUCAAAAAGAAAUCACAAAAAUAUAAUGGAAAUGAAAGAAGUUGAUCAUCAAAUUCAUGAUGACAAGAAUGUAGGUGCAAAUCUUUAAUUUGUGGACAAGCUAAUAUUGUUGUUUUAGUAAUUUUCUUGAGUUUAAUCAAGUGUUGGUACAAUGUAAAAUAACAACAUCAUUUUGCAUAUAUUAACUUCUUUUCAUAUUUUUUUUUACCAA